AUGAGUGCGUCUUCUCGUUUUAUUCCUGAACAUAGGAGACAAAAUUACAAAGGAAAGGGAGCUUUUCAAGCGGAUGAGUUGCGACGUCGACGUGAGACUCAGCAAAUUGAAAUUCGUAAACAAAAGCGUGAAGAGAAUUUGAACAAGCGGCGUAAUUUAGCAGACGUAUCUGAAGAACCAUCGGAAGAAGUUACUCCAGCAAUUAAUGAGAAGGAAAAUGACUCUGAGCUGGAUUUACAAUUACCUGACAUGGUGAGAGCUUUGUUUUCCGAUGAUAUCGAAAUCCAGAUUCAAGCUACUACCAAAUUUCGUAAAAUUUUAUCGAAAGAGCAUGAUCCACCGAUUCAGAAGGUCAUCAACACUGGUGUGGUGCCCCGAUUUGUAGAAUUUUUGGGACACGAAAACAACUUACUCAAGUUUGAGGCUUCUUGGGCGUUAACCAACAUUGCAAGUGGAUCUUCAGAUCAAACUCAUACUGUUGUAAAUUCUGGUGCAGUUCCCAUUUUUGUCACUUUACUCACGUCUCCCGAAAAGGAUGUUCGAGAGCAAGCUGUUUGGGCUCUUGGUAACAUCGCUGGUGAUUCACCCAUGUGUCGUGAUCAUGUUCUUCAAUGUGGUGUUUUGGAGCCCUUAUUAACCGUCAUUGGAUCCUGCAAGCGCCUUAGUAUGCUUCGCAACUGUACCUGGACCUUAUCCAAUAUGUGUCGUGGUAAAAACCCUCAACCAGACUGGAACAUGAUUUCCUGUGUAAUUCCAGUUUUGUCGAAAUUAAUAUAUUCACUUGACGAUGAUGUUAUAGUAGAUGCUCUUUGGGCUAUUUCUUAUUUAUCAGACGGUCCCAACGAGAAAAUUCAAUCAAUCAUAGAUGCAGGAAUUCCUAGAAGAUUAGUUGAGCUUUUAAUGCAUCCCAAUCCUCAAAUUCAGACACCCGCUCUUCGCUCUGUUGGUAACAUCGUUACUGGUGAUGAUCUUCAAACACAGAGCAUCAUUAAUUGUGGUGCUUUAAGUGCUUUAUUAUCAUUGCUCAGCCAUCCUCGUGACGGAAUCCGAAAGGAAGCUUGUUGGACAAUUAGUAACAUCACAGCAGGCAAUGCUUCACAAAUUCAGUAUGUUAUUGAGGCCAACAUUAUUCCGCCCUUGAUCAACCUCCUCGCAACAGCUGACUUUAAGAUUCAAAAAGAAGCCUGUUGGGCUGUCUCGAAUGCUACCUCUGGUGGUAUUAACCAGCCAAGUCAAAUCAGAUACAUCGUUUCUCAGGGUGCUAUCAAACCCUUGUGUAAUUUACUAGCUUGUCAGGAUAACAAGAUUAUCCAAGUUGCCUUGGACGGAAUUGAAAACAUUCUUCGUGUUGGCGAUCUUGACCGGGCAGAAAACCCUGACAAAAUCAAUUUGUAUGCUGUUUACAUAGAGGAUGCUGGUGGUAUGGACCUUAUUUACGAACUGCAAAAUUCAGCAAACGCAGAAAUUUAUCAGAAGGCAUAUAACAUCAUUGAAAGAUACUUUGGAGAAGAAGAUGUUGUUGAGGACCUGGAGCCCGAUGUUGCAGGAGGCACAUUCACUUUUGGAUCCAGUGAAGUGCCCACUGGCAGCUUUAACUUUGAGAGUAAAGGUGAGGAUAUGUCCAUGUAA